AUGGUCCUUAAGGUCAAUGGAGAGUACGAGUCUCAAGAUGAGGCCGAGGUAGAGGCUGUUGUGUCCGAUGAAGAGGUGACUGAUCAUCCAGAAACUGGCGAGUUACUUGUAACCAGGAGAGCCCUUAGUGCCCUCUUUGAUCCAGAGACCAUCCAGAGAGAAAACGUCUUUCACACAAGAUGUAGCGUGGAACAAAAGUGGCUCAAUGAUGAGACUGAGCUUAAGAUAGCUGAGCAAGUGGUGGUGUCCUUCAGCAUUGGCAAAGACCAUGACCAGGUCAAGUCUAAUGUCGUUCCAAUGCACGCUGGCCACUUACUUCUAGGCAGACCGUGGCAGUUUGACAAGGAGACCAUUCACCAUGGUCGGACCAAUGUCUACAGCUUCAGACACAACAACAAGAAGCAUAAUCUCACACCUCUUAGCCCACAAGAGGUACACGACAUGCAAAAGGCCAUGGACCAGGCCAGUAAGGUGCUACUAAUGGUCUUUAAGGAAGGUUGUUUUGCAGGUUUUGAAGUCCAGGAGCUUCCAUCUGAGGUACAUGACCUCAUGGAAAGGUACAAGGAGGUGUUUUCGGAAGACAUUCCGACCGGCUUACCUCCCAUCCGAGGGAUCGAGCAUCAGAUCGACCUCAUGCCCGGUGCUCCGCUACCAAACCAAGCUGCUUAUCGAGUCAACCCUGAGGAGGCUAGGGAGCUGGAGAAAUAA